AUGAAAGAUGAUUAUAAAACAAAAAGAUAUUCUAUUGGAAUAAAAUGUCCUUCUUCUCUAAACCCAGAAUGGGAAGAUAUAAGUCAUACUAUUCAGCAAAGAGUUCAAAAAUUAAAUAAAAAAUUUCAUAAAGAUAUUAAGGUUGAAUUAGUUCAACCAAGUCAAGUUGACCAUAUAAUCGAGCAAUCAGAAAGUGAAGAAGUAAUUAUUGAAAACAAUAAUAAUGAAAGAAGAACAACAAGAAGAGAAAGGAGAAGAAAAAGAAAAACUAGGAAAGUUCAACUUCAGGCAAAUCAAGAACCUCGAGUAAAUCGUACUCACCAAAGAAUUAUUACAAUAAGAAACAGACAAGAACUUGAAGCAUAUUUAUUAUCAAUUAUUUAUAUCAUCUUUGUCUGUUGUGUUUCAUUACUCAUUGCAUUUGUCAUUAUUAUCAUUUUGAUCUGA